AUGUCGUGGAAGACAACUGAGAUGUUGAUGGAUACCAUCAAACAUUAUUCACAUUUCCCAGCUACGGGUGUGAGUCUGAGGCAGAUGGUACAGUUUGGAGAGAGGCCAUCUACAGGUACACUUUUCCGAGCAUCACAAUUCCUCUCGGAAGAACUUCCAAUACGACUUGCGCAUCGAGUGCAAGAACUAUCAGACUUGCCAGAUGGCCUCAAUGAGAUGCCCUCAAUCAAAAGGGUGAAGGAUUGCUCUAAUGGAAAUGGAAAAGGAAAAGAAUCAAAGUCGGCCGCAGCAAGAAGAUAUUUUGCCACAGUAGAAGAUAGUACCGACUGGCCCCCAGAACUUCACGAUUAUAACCAGAGAUUCGCACAAACCCUUAAUCAUAUAAAGAGGCGGCACGAUGGAGUUGUCACAACCGUCGCGCAAGGAAUACUCGAAUAUAAGCGGAAACGGCAACGCAUGCAGAUCGAUAAUAACAUACAAUCCUUCCUCGACCGUUUCUACAUGUCCCGUAUUGGCAUCAGAAUGCUCAUUGGACAACACAUAGCACUCACAGAUCAAAGUCACGAUAAAGAUCCUAAUUAUGUAGGCAUUAUAUGUACAAAAACCAAUGUUCGAGAUCUUGCGGAAGAAGCAAUCGAAAACGCUAGAUUUGUCUGCGAAGACCAUUACGGGCUCUUUGAUGCGCCAAAGAUUCAACUCGUGUGCCCUCCAAACCUUCAUUUUAUGUAUGUACCCGGCCAUCUCUCGCAUAUGCUCUUCGAAACUCUCAAAAAUUCCCUUCGAGCUGUUGUCGAAACACAUGGACAGGACAAACAAGAUUUUCCCGUCACAAAAGUCGUCGUCGCGGAGGGAAAAGAGGAUAUUACUAUCAAAAUCUCAGACGAGGGUGGCGGAAUACCUAGAAGUUCUAUACCUUUAGUUUGGACCUACAUGUAUACUACUGUGGACAGUACACCUAGUCUAGAUCCAGAUUUCGAUAAGAGUGAUUUCAAAGCUCCAAUGGCAGGAUUUGGUUAUGGUCUUCCGAUCUCAAGAUUAUAUGCUAGAUAUUUUGGAGGAGAUUUGAAGUUGAUUAUCAUGAGGGAUACCUGGAAAACACAGUCCUCUCCCGAUAUUGGCGGGGCGCGAGCUAGGGGGGGAGACGGUAUAUCCCGAGGAUUGACGCUGGGUCUAGGACAUAAACAAAUGAAUUUGAAAUUGGGCAAAGGAAAGGCAGGAAUAGGAAUGCGAGAGGUUUCGGAACGGAAACAGGUCGGCGAUGCGGAAAGUAUGAUUAAUGAGGGAAGAGGAGGGAGUGGAAUGGAAGGAGUCUUUAUGGGUGAAGGAGGGGAGGUUUAG